AUGGCUUCUAUUGAUGAUGAAAGUGGUUCGUCUAGUAAGAAAACAGUUGGUAAACGUGGUGUGACCCGAUUGCAAAAAAUUCACAAAGCCAAAAGCAAUGGAAAGAGAAUUGAGGUUCAAUGGAAUUCCAGAGGUCAACCAAUCAAGCAUAAUAGCAAGACUUUUGCUAGUUUCAUUGGUGUCACAGUUCGUCGGUUAGUUCCAAUAAGCUUGGACAAUUGGAGCGCGAAAAAAAAUAAAGAGGCUGUGGGGGUUUAUAAACAAAACAUUUGGGAUGAAAUUGAAAAAGCUUUUAUAAUUGGCGAGGAACAUCGUGCCUUUGUAUAUAGAGAAGCUGGAAAGUUGCACAGGGCAUUCAGAACAAAAAUGGCGAGGUCAUAUCUAAAAGAUAGUAAGGGUGGUUUUGUUAAACAUCGUCCGGCCAAAUAUUCUUUUUGUAUAAAACAAGAUGAUUGGGAUAAAUUUGUAGCCCAACAUAUGACUGCAAAGUUUCAGAAAGUUAGUGAUGAGAAUCGAGAAAGAGCGUUAAAUCCUCAACAUCCCUAUAGAAAGUCACGUUUAGGGUGUGCUCGUCUUGAAGCUGAUAUGGUAGAAGAGUCAGAAGUUGGUGAGAUAAACCGUAGUCAAGUGUGGAAGGCUGCCCGCGUCAAUAAGAGCGGGGUGAUUGAUAAUGAGAAUGUUCAAAGAGUUGUGGAUCAAUGUGAGAAGUUAACAGAAGCUCUAUCUGAAGAAGAGAGACAAGACCUUGGUCCCACAAACAUAUUAUUUGAGGCUCUUAAUCUCCCAAACUACUCUGGACGUGUUAGGACUUAUGGUUUUGGGGUAUGUUCUAGGGACAUAUUACCACGCCAAAAUCGCCCCACACAAAUGGAUUUUGAAAAAUUGUAUGGCUUUUGUAAUUCACUCAAAAGUAGAUUGGAGGUGCUAGAGAGAGAAAAGAUUGAGAGAGAUAAGUUGGAUAGAGAGAAGCUAGAGAGGCAACAAACUGAAGAAGUGGAAGAAAGGCAACAACCUAAACAAGUGUCAGAGAGGUUGCAACAACCUGAAAAAGUGGCACAGAGGCAACACCUUGAACAAGUGGUAGAAAGGAAAAAACCAGAAAAAGUAGCUGAGAGUCGACUACCUAGUGAUAAAGGUUCUUGCAACCCUGGAUCAUUUGGCAACAUUCCCGAGGGUCUCUUUCCUGUUAAUAUAUAUUUAUCCUCCCCGAGUCGUUGUUUGGUUGCUCGUGGAAAACUAUAUAACACCAAAGGUAACACGGUACAUGGCAUGACGUUACCACCUGGAUAUGUCAAGGUUAAUAUCGAAGUUGCUAUUGUGCCAAAUGCCCCAUUGCCUAUAUCUGUUGAAGAUGGAGAUGUAUCCAUGAUUCCUGGUCAAUCCCAAAACAAAGGUAACAAUAUUCAACACAGUGUUGAAUAUUCAGUUUCAUCACCCAACAAAAGUAACAAAAAAUUCAAAAUCGAAGAGUCUCCUAGAGUUGGCGGUUCAGCUGGUAUUGCAAAUUUACCUUUCCUUGAUAUGUAUGUGAAAAAGAUGAUGAGGGUUGGAUCAUUAAUUCAAAUAAAAAUGGAGGAAAGUAUAUUUGGUGAGGAGUUUUUAGAGCAACUACAUGUAGAGAGUAUAAAGGAGAUUCUUGAUCACAAUUGGUUAAGUGCAUCUAUUAUCACUGUAUUUUCCAGGUAUUUGUAUGACAAGUUUAUUAGUCCAAAUGGAUUAAUAAAUAAGUUCUCUUUCAUAUCUCCACAUGUAUCACGGGAGGAUAAUCUAGGAAAUGGUAUAGCAAAAAUACUUUUGAAAGAUGAGGAGUUCAAGGAUAAGAUGAUUCUUGCACCUUGUAAUCUAGGGAAACAUUGGGUGUUGCUUGUCAUCAAUCUCAAUGCUGAGGUGAUAUAUUACAUGGAUCCGUUGAAUGGUGAGCCAACAAAACAUCAAAAUUUUAAAACAAAGUUUGAGAACGCUUUGCAAAUUUAUCGUGCUAAUAGUAGUUCUAAAGUGCCUAAAGUGUCAAAGUCAAAGAAAAUCUCAUGGCAAAAAAUAAAGUGUCCUCGUCAAAUUAAUGGCGUUGAUUGUGGAUACUUUGUAAUGCGAUUUAUGAAAGAGGUCAUCAUGGAAAAUGAAUUUAUGAUCCCCACAAAUUACUUUUUUGACCACAAAUGUCGUACCUACUCUCAUGAUAAGUUAACUGAGGUUAAGGAGGAUUGGGCUACUUAUGUGGUGGAUGAUGUUUUCGGAAAACAAGAAGCAAUUAUUUUGCCUAAUUAG